AUGGUAAAGGACGACAAUGUUGUUUCAUCCCUGCCCUCCUCCCUGCCCUCUUCUCUACCAUCCUCCAUGCUUUCCUCCCUGCCCUCCUCCCUACCAUCCUCCCUGCCCUCCUCUCUACCAUCCUCCCUGCCCUCCUCUCUACCAUCCUCCCUGCCCUCCUCUCUACCAUCCUCCCUGCCCUCCUCCCUGUCCUCCGCCCUGCCCUCAUCCCUGCCGUCCCCCUGGCCCUCCCCUCCUCCGUCGUUUUUCCCUGCCCACCUCUCAGCAUCGUCCAUGCAUGGCCCCUCCGUUCCCCCUGCUGGGUAUUUUUGCAAGGUGGCAGAUUCCACUCUCUCUGUUUUUGAUCCCACUAAUUCCACUCUCCCUGCUUUUGAUCCCACUGAUUCCACUCUCCCUGCUUUUGAUCCCACUGAUUCUACUCCACCUGCUUUUGAUCCCACUGAUUCUACUCUCCCUGUUUUUGAUCCCACUGAUUCUACUCUCCCUGCUUUUGAUCCCACUGAUUCCACUCUCCCUGCUUUUGAUCCCACUGAUUCCACUCUCCCUGCUUUCGAUCCCACUGAUUCCACUCUCCUUGCUUUUGAUCCCACUGAUUCUACUCCACCUGCUUUUGAUCCCACUGAUUCCACUCUCCCUGCUUUUGAUCCCACAGAUUCCACUCUCCCUGCUUUUAAUCCCACUGAUUCCACUCUCCCUGCUUUUGAUCGCACUGAUUCCACUCUCCCUGCUUUUGAUCCCACUGAUUCUACUCCACCUGCUUUUGAUCCCACUGAUUCUACUCUCCCUGUUUUUGAUCCCACUGAUUCUACUCUCCCUGCUUUUGAUCCCACUGAUUCCACUCUCCCUGCUUUUGAUCCCACUGAUUCCACUCUCUCUGUUUUUGAUCCCACUAAUUCCACUCUCCCUGCUUUUGAUCCCACUGAUUCCACUCUCCCUGCUUUUGAUCCCACUGAUUCUACUCCACCUGCUUUUGAUCCCACUGAUUCUACUCUCCCUGUUUUUGAUCCCACUGAUUCUACUCUCCCUGCUUUUGAUCCCACUGAUUCCACUCUCCCUGCUUUUGAUCCCACUGAUUCCACUCUCCCUGCUUUUGAUCCCACUGAUUCUACUCUCAUGCACUGA